AUGGGAGCUGGAUUGCUGCUGAAAACACAAAUCCUGCGUGGGGCUUGGCCGAAGAUGGAGCGUGUGAUCGUAAGCAUGCAGGAUCCCGAUAUGGGCAUCAAGAUGAGAAACCAGCGCCUGCUGAUAACGGUGAUCCCACACGCCAUGACCGGUAACGACAUCGUGGAGUGGCUCAUCCAGAAGUACGCCAUCUCUGAGGAGGAGUCCCUGCACCUCGGCAACCUCCUUGUGAAGCACGGCUACAUCUACCCCCUGAAGGACCCCCGCAGCCUGGUGCUCCGGGCCGAUGACUCCCCCUACAGGUUCCAGACUCCUUAUUUCUGGACAAGCUCCAAGUGGCCAGCCACAGAGCUGGAUUACGCAAUCUACCUGGCAAAGAAGAACAUCUGCAAGCAGGGCGACCUGAUAGACCACGAGAAGGAUAACUACAACCUGCUGCACAAGAGGAUCAACCAUACCUGGGAUUUUGUGGUGAUGCAGGCGCGGGAGCAGCUCCGGGCAGCCAAGCAGCGACGGAAAGGGGAUCGUAUCGUCAUAGACUGCCAGGAGCAGGCCUACUGGCUGGUCAACAGGCCCCCGCCAGGAGCCCUAAACGUGAUGGAGCAUGGGCCAGAGCGGAGGAAUUGCCACAUCAGCCGGGUGCAGCUGCCCGAGAACACGGAUUACUACAAGCGGGAGAUCGAGUGCUGCCGAAAGGCCAUGGGCAGGACCCGCGUGAAGUCCUCCAUUUGCCUGGAGGGGUACAUCAAAUUCAACGAGCAGUACGUGCCCCACGAUCCCAUCAUGUCCGGCUGCCUGCCCAGUAACCCCUGGAUCACGGACGACACCACGUACUGGGCCAUGAACGCCCCCACGGUGACGACACCAACCAAGCUGCGCGUGGAACGCUGGGGCUUCAGCUUCAGCGAGCUGCUGGGCGACACGCUGGGCCGCAGGCAGCUGUUGGAGUUCCUCAAGAAGGAGUUCAGCGCUGAGAACUUGAGCUUCUGGGAGGUGUGUGAGGAGCUGCGCUACGGGGAGCAGGCCCGCAUCGCCGACAUCGUGGACUCCAUCUAUCAGCAGUUCCUGGCCCCCGGCGCUACCCGCUGGGUGAACAUCGACAGCAAGACCAUGGAGAGGACCCUGGAGGGCAUCAAGACGCCGCAUCGCUACGUGAUGGACGAUGCCCAGAUGCACAUCUACAUGCUGAUGAAGAAGGACUCGUACCCGCGCUUCCUCAAGUCGGAGCUAUACCGCAGCCUGCUGGCAGAGGCCGUCGUGCCCCCGGAGACCAAGAAACGGGUUUUCCCAUUCAUGAGGAAGCAGCGUCACUCCAGCCCGAGCCCGGCACUGCUGCUGCCCACGGGGGAGCCCGAGGCGAAAGCCGAGGAUCAGAGCAAGGCGGUCGCUGUCCCCAUGGAGAGCUAG